AUGUCUUCUUUCAAAACCCUCGCCGCAUUGCUUUUCCUCGCUACAGGAACCCUCGCCAGUCCUGUCCAGUCUGAAGACAUCAGCCUUGUGCCCCGACAACAAUGCAGCGGCACCGUAGGAACCAUAUACGCUGGCACCGCGUGCUUUAACGUUUCCGGGGAGAGGAUUGAAGUAUGUGCAAGCAGCGUUACAUGUCAAAACACGGACGAUAAGACCGGAACAAUCGGUAUCGGGUCGAUCGAGCUUUCAAGUAACGCCUGCGAGAUUAAGAUUUUCAGCGAGCCUGACUGCGGAAACGCAGGUGCACCAUAUACCAUCUCACGUGGCAACAAUCCUGGCAACUGUUACGCAACCCCUUUCCGAGGACACUCGUUCUCUGUGGACUGUUCUUAG